AGCAACAACUUUGUAAUCAUUAUUAUCUUACCACACACAACACAUCUUCAUCAUGGAUUAUUUUGUAAAGGCCUAUAAAGAUUGGAAACUGCAUUCACAGUUCCAUGAAAUUGUUCCCGAUAUGGAUGAUGAUUUUGUCUUCAAUGAAAAACAAUCGAUACGCGAUUCUUCGCGUUCUCUAAAGAAAUAUGGCAGUACAUGCUGUAAUCAAAAUAUACGCAACAAUGAAAUUCUCGUCCGUCAUGUUGUGGAGAAAACCGACACAUUACAGGGUAUUGCUCUGAAAUAUGGUUGCACUACGGAACAAAUAAGACGUGCCAAUCGUUUAUUUGCCUCAGACAGUUUAUUUUUACGUCAAUUCUUGAUGAUACCCGUUGACAAAUCAUCCAUUUACAAUCCCAACAAUACACCGUUCGACAAUGUGAUAGAGAACAACACCAACACCAUUAACGUGGAUGUGAUGUUUAAUGGUCUGGUUGGUGGUGAUCCUCUAAAUUGUACCACAUCCUCAAUUGUCUCCUCAAAUUCUGCCUCGUCGUCGUCAAUGUCCUCAGCAUCGGAUGUGGGUAAUAAUCCACAUCCGGGUACAUUACCAACACGCCCCUAUUCCAUAGCCGGUGAACUGUUAGUACAAACCGAUGAUAUUAUUGAAAAUGCCAGCCUAAAUAAAACCACUAAUGGCAACUCAACGAAACAGAGUAAAUCAUUGGAUUCGGUGGCGGCCGCGGGGGCUACUUUAACGCCAGAAGAGGAAAGCCGUCGUAGCAUAAAUGAAUUUCUGAGUAAAAUUGAUAAUACAAUAUCCGAAUCACGAAAAUAUGUGGAAAAGUCGAAAGAAUUGAUCUCCAGUCAGACUGAUAACGAUUUAUUUGUUGCCACCGAAGUUGUAUCGCGCAGACGCAACAACAACAUUAAUAACUCAUAUAAGAAAAACAGUUCGUCAAAUACGUCCCAACACAUACGACACAGUUCGACGGGCAGUAAUUCGGAUACAGCUAAUCUCUUAAAUACGACACAAAUGCGUCGAGUGCAAAAACGAUUGGAACAGCAGCAGGAUGAUUUCUUUGAAUUGUAGCAUAAUGAAAAUGUUU